AUGACCUUUGCGGUGCUAGCCUUCCUCGGAUUUGGCGCCUCGAACACUGCAUCCAUCUCUUCCAAAGAAAACAGAUCACCACCGUUUAUCGCAUGCAAUGGAGGGGCAGGACGUGUUGCAGUACGAAAAGCGCAAUACCACUGGGGUUGGGACUGGGGUCCAAUUCUGAUGACCGCUGGACCCUGGAGACCGGUUUGGUUGGAGAUGUACCAUGCCAGAGUGGCAGAUCUUUGGGCCCAGCUUGAACUCGACAGGAAUCUCCAAGCAGCGACCGGGACAGUUCAUGCCAGAGUGGAAGGCAAAGUUGACUUUGUAACUUUUGCUCUCACACUGCGAGGUGAAGUGAUCUGGCAAAAUGUUGUUCGGGUUGAAAACGACUGUGCGUCAGUCGAGACUUACCUCGAAAAGCCACAGCUGUGGUAUCCUCAUGGCUAUGGAUCACAGCCACUUUAUGAACUCUCUGCCGAAAUCUCCACCGAUGACAUUACGCUUGACAAAGUGACCAAGCACAUUGGGCUACGUCGUAGUGAGUUGGUUCAGAAUAAUGACUGCCACGGAAAGUCCUUCUAUUUCCGAGUUAAUGGAGUAGACGUCUUCUGUGGAGGAAAUUGUUGGAUUCCAGCAGACAAUUUCAUUCCUCGCAUUACGAAAGACAAAUAUCGAAAAUGGCUUCAGAUGAUGGUUGACGGCGGUCAAGUGAUGACAAGAGUCUGGGGAGGAGGCGUUUUUGAAGAGGAAAUUUUCUAUGAUCUGUGCGAUGAGCUUGGCAUUCUGGUCUGGCAAGAUUUCAUGUUUGCAUGUGCUUCCUACCCUGUUUGGCCAGAAUUCUUAGACUCAGUCCGGGAGGAAGCUACACAGAAUCUCCGACGCUUAAGACAUCAUUCAUCUAUAGUAAUGUUUGCUGGUAGUAACGAAGAUUAUCAAGUCCGAGAAAGCUUUGGUUUAGAGUAUGACUUCAAUGAUAAAGACCCAUCAUCUUGGCUGAAGACGAACUACCCUGCGAGGUACAUCUUUGAAUAUCUUUUACCUCUGAUAAUGGCACAAGAAUUACCAAAUGUCCCAUACUGGCCGAGUUCUCCCUAUUCUGAAGGAAAGCCAACGUCGGAUCCGUUGACAGGAGACAUUCAUCAAUGGAAUGUGUUCGAAUCUCUUGGGGGCCGCUUCGUUGGCGAAUUUGGAAUGGAAGAAUUUCCACACAUACAGACAAUCCGAUACUUCGUUGAGAGUUCUUCUGAGCUUCACCCUCAGUCACAUACUUUCGACUUUCACAACAAAGCCGACGGUCACGAGAGGCGAAUGGCCACUUAUCUAGUCGAGAAUUUCAAGACUACUGCGAAUUUGGAGGCAUACAUCCACCUUACUCAACUGAUCCAAUCAGAAGCACUUAUGUAUGCGUACCGCAGGUGGAGGAAAGAGUGGGGCGGCAACAGAAAAUGCGGCGGUGCACUCUGGCAGAUGAACGACGUGUGGCUCUGUACGUCUUGGGCCAUCGUGGACUAUUUCCUUCGCAAGAAGCCUGCAUACUAUACAAUUUCCAGAUGUCUGGCACCCAUCGCUAUCGGUAUUCAGAGACAACACCAUGAAUGGAGUGUUUCUCAUGCACGUCCUGCUAACAAUCUUCUCUUCAGUGUCUGGAUUGUCAGCAACAAAACCAAGAAGUUCAUCGCGGAUGUAAAGCUGCGCUUUAUCUCGGUCGAUACUGGGAAAGAGGUCAGAAAUACUAUUAUCAGAAAGGGGGUGACUACCCUCGAGAAUGGGACGACUGAAGUUCUUUCCGGUGUUAUCGACACUAGAAGUGGAGAGCCUUUGGUCUUAGCAGCACGAAUUUCUAUAGACGGUGUCUGUUUAUCGCGUGAUACUGAUUGGCCCCAGCCCUUCAAGUAUCUCUCCUCUAACGAUAGAGGCGUUAUAAUUACCACUAUUGGAUUGGUAUUCGAGGAACGAGAUGGCGUGUUGCUAAGCGACAAUGCCCUUGACAUCGUGCCUGGAGAUGAGCAGAUCGUUGAAGCGAAAGGUCUCCAAACUGCCUCUAAAUCUCUUUCAUGGCUAUAUCUGUGCCAAGAGGAUUGA